AUGCCAUCUGCAUCGCUGAAAGAGAACACCGAAGUGGACGCUAUCAAUGCGAAGCGUGCGCAGGAGAUUUUGAUUGGGGGCCGUUUCCGCAUUCAGGAACGCCUCGGCGGUGGCGCCUUUGGCGAAGUAUUUAAAGGCAUCGACGUCAACAGCGGCCGCCCGGUGGCGAUGAAGAUGGAGCUGACGAAAGACGGUCACCGCUCUCACCUGAACCUGGAGCACAAGAUUUACAGGAAAUUCAACGAGUGCCCCGUGACGGUGGGUAUUCCGCAGUCUUUCUACUGCGGGCGGGCGGGCGACUACACGAUCAUGGUGAUGGAGUUGUUGGGCCCCUGCCUGGAGGACCUGUUCGCGCUCUGCCAUCGCAAGUUUACCCCCAAGACGGUGUGCAUGAUUGGCAUUCAAAUAAUUCAGCGUCUGCAGUACCUGCACAGCGUUGGCUACCUGCACCGCGACAUCAAGCCAGAGAACUUUGUGAUGGGCGUCGGCAACAACUCCCACGUGGUGUAUGUCAUCGAUGUGGGUCUGUCCAAGGCGUGGCGUGACGCCUCCGGCAAGCACAUCAGCUACGCUGAGAACAAGUCGCUGACCGGGACGGCGCGUUACGUCAGCAUCAACACCCACCAGGGCAUCCAGCAGUCCCGCCGCGAUGACCUCGAGUCGGUGUCGUACCUUCUCUCCUACUUCGUGCGGGGCAACCUGCCGUGGCAGGGCCUGAAGUCGGCCAAGAAGGACGUCCGGUUUGAGCGCAUUCGGGAUUUAAAGAUCGCCACCUCCCCGCAUAAGCUGUGCGACGGCUACCCGCGGCAGCUGGGCGAUUUUGUCGCCUACACGCGCGGACUCGAGUUUGAGGCGGAGCCGGAUUACGGCUACUGCGUCGACCUCCUCUCGCAGGCGAUCAAGGACAUGGGCGAGGAGUACGACUACUGCUACCAAUGGAUUGUGUGCAGCGAGGACGACAAUGCCUCUGACGCGCGCGUCUCCAUGCGCAGCGCGCACCCCUCCGGCGCCCAGUCUGCCGUCGCCGUUGGUGGUUCCAGUUUUAUGGUGUCCUCCGUAUUUGUGGGCGACAGCGUUGCGGGUGAGUUGGAGAAGUCGCAGAUGAACAACAACUUCAUCGAGGAGAUGCAGGACGUCUACGGCCUCAACGACUACUUCUAA